AUGGACGACGAGAUCAGCAUGUACCCGCCUCUCGGCGGCCCGGAGCCUGAGCCCUUGUCGCGCCCAGAUUCGACCUCUUCACUGGCCUCCCUCGCCCAUCUGUCGAGUAUUUCCGCCCUCGCCACCGCCGACGGUGUUGCAGCGCUGGAUGGUUCACCCCAAGCCAGGCUGAUCAUCCACCUCAGCGCUGAGCACCUCACUCAACCGCCACACAACAUGCAGCAACAUGAGCAACACGAGCAGCAACCGCAACCACAACAGCAACCGCCUCAACAGCAAGUGCAACAUCAGCAGGAUCAACAGCAAGCCCAACAACAACAACAGCAGCAGCAGCAGCAGCAGCAACAUCAACAGCAACAGCAACAGCCGCUGCCACAUCAGCAAUUGGAUCGGGGCUUCUCUCACGCUGCCCCUGCUUCACAUCCCAUUCAGUCCCCUGCUGUUCGAGCCAAGAAUGAUGCCGGCCUGGAUUUCACAGACGGGGGGCAUAACCUGGCGGGGCCCCGGCCGGAGGCACAGGACGGGGGAGGGCCCUUCCCCCGGUUCGGGCGGCGAUACGCCGCUGUACAACCCGGCCCGCCAUGCCCCGUAUUCCAUGGCUUCGACGAGGCGCAGCUGCAGUCGACCGCGCUCUCUGCCUUCAACAUGUCCGGCACGCCGCCCAAUCGCACUGGAUCGCCCCUUAAUGGAGACCGCCCUAUCGAUGCCCCUCAGACGCACGAGCAAUUGAUUGCUGCCAAUUCAGCGCUCAGCCCCAGAGUACGCGAGCUAGAGCUCAUCAACGAGCUUUUCCGCGGACGACUGGGUCAGCUUGAACAGGACGAGGCGACUGCUAGACGUGGUCAGGAAAUCAGCGGUCAGGCAGAGACACAGCUGCGUGGCCAGCUGGAAGAAAGUCAUCGCCGAGAAAACAGUCUCAAACACCGUCUAGACGUGCUGGAACAGGAGCUUGCCAACAUCAAGACCGGCAUCGUUGACGCCAGCCCUGACGACGAACUCGUCCACAAGAAGCCACGCCUCUCGGAGCCUGUGGAGCAGGCCGACGAGCCAGAAGCCAGAUUUGAUAUCCCCGACGAUGAGCCAGUCAUGCAAACUGAUUCCGCCGAUGUGGACGACUCUGCCGCUGCUGACGUUGCUGCUGCCGCCGAUUUGGCCGACGCCGAAGAGGCUGCAGCAGCCGCAGCCGCGGCCGCUGCCGUAGCCGUUGUCGCCAAGUCCGAGCCUGUUGCAGAGGCGGCACCGGCUGAACCUGUCGUUGACGAGCCCGCAACCGCUACUGCAUAA